CGGAUCUCGUAUGAUGUGACUCGCUUGUCUAGUCGAGCUUUGAACCCUUUCCCCAUAUCAAGGCCCGCGACACAGGCGCAUUCGUCAAAGAUAACCUUCAUCUUGCAACAAUCAUGGUCGAUCUACAUACCCUGCCGGAGAACUCACGACCUGACUCGGCCUUCCGAAACAAUGGGCCAGACAAUCUAGUUCUGGAACGAUACAAGCUGCGAGAAUUGGCAGAGGGAUGGCCAUGCUACAGAGAUUCUUGCGAGUGGGAGAAUCUGAAGUCCAUUUUCCACCCCGAUGCGUAUAUCUACACAUCAUGGACUGGUCGCACACACUUCGAGGACUUCAUCAAGGCGAGUCAAGCAGGAAUGGACAAAGGUGUGUUCAUCAUGCACCGAAUCCAUGGUACGACAACCGACAUCAACAUCGAGGCCACUCGAGCUGUGACCAAGAUGAAGGCCACGAUCACCCAGCGCUUCGAGUUCGAAGACGGCAUAGAAGCCGAUGCCGAGUCGGACUGCCGCUUCGUCUUUUUCUGGUCAAAGAAUGAGAAGGGCGACUGGGCAGCAAACUUUGUCCGUCAUUUCUACGAGAAGGACAAGUUGAUUCCUGUCGACCCAAACAGGGUUCCCAAGAUCGAUGCAGAUGCAGCCAAGGAGUACCCGAUUGGUUACAGGUAUCUUGCAUACUGUCAGGAAAGAACUAUGGGAGUCAAGGUGAUUAGAGACUUGCCUGGUCAUCGCGGAGAAGCUGGCUCGACCAUCAAUGGCGAGAAGCACGAUAUACUGUACAAGCAGAUAAAGGCGUGGAUGGAUGGUCAAAAUGUUGAGAUCUGA